ACAGCAUCUUUCAGAAUGCCAUUCGUGGUACCUGGGAUUUGCCCCAGAAAUCCAUUUCCGUGUAGCCUACCAGGAUUUGAUCGUUGCAGAAGUGACUACGAGUGCCCACGAAACCAAAAGUGCUGCAGCUACCGUUGUGGCCGGGCCUGCAGAGUCACACAAGUGAUACGUAGCAGUUGCUCCAGAAUUCCAGGUUGGUGCACCGUGCCAGGAAUUGAUCGUUGCAGUUCUGACUACGACUGCCCAGGAAGAAAAAGGUGCUGCUACUACAAUUGUGCCAGGACCUGCAGAUUACUAUAAGCCUAACAUCCUGCUGUGCACCAACAGGUCAAAGACAUCUCCAAAGGAAGAACUGAGACAAAACACCAUGGCUAGAUCAGAUCACUCAUCCUCCAUUGCAGGAAAUCAGCUUUUGCACACUUGAACACUGCUGUAGUCC